UGGUGCAUAGCAACAGGUCGGCGAGCCUCGUGCGCCACAUUAAUAUUCACCACAGACUGAGGAGACAAGCCCAUUGAACAGAAAUGGGAGAUGCUGUUUGCUCACGACCACAUAUGAGUUUCCACUUUAUAGAUGACCUGCUGGAAAAGAACUUCAAAAUGUUUCUAUGGAUUUGCCCAUACAAUGCAAUCAAAUUUUUACCAAGGGAAAAACACAUUAGCGAAGACGAAAGCAGACAGGUGAAACGACUUGUUGGUUCAGAAAAUAAAGCGACUGCAGCCAUUCCAGGCAGCCCCGAUCGUGUGAAUGCGCUUCACAAAAGACUGAAUAAAACUGAGAAAGAAAUCAUUUCAAUAAAGACCAGGAUAGCCUGUGAGAGAGCAUCAUGGGAGAGGAGGUUUGCAGAGCUGCAAAGACAACAGGAAGCAUUACGUCAGCUAAUCCCUGGGGCUGGCAUGUUGGUCGGUGCGUGUGCUGACCAGGGAGAGUCAGGAGUGGACAUUGGAGUUUUAUCUGAUGAUCUUUCAAGUAAAUGUAGUCUUAACCAGCACAGAAAGUCUGUAGGGUCUACGAGAAGCGACAGCUAUGCAUGCAGCUUGUCAGGCAGCCAGAUAUCCUCAUCUUCAGCACCUAGUUCGAGAGCAUCCUCCUCUUUAUCUUCAGCCUCCAGUAUGCGAUCGUGGAAAAGUUCACAAGGACCACAUCGAGUUUUUGUUCCCCACUCUGCCAUGGACUUGCAGUUAGGCCACCGGGUCAGGAUCAUGCUGCCAUCUGGCAGGAUAAGCACUGGAACUGUUCGUUUCUUGGGCCACCUGCAGGGGGAGACAGAUCUCCACCUUGGCAUUGAGCUGCAGACUCCUGACACAUCACUGUGUGACGGCAGUCACAAGGGACAGAGCUACUUUGAAUGCAAACCUGGAUAUGGUGCUUUUGUGCCAUUCCACAAACUACUGAUGGCCUGGGAAUAGCAGAAGCACCAGUAUCAGACAGAGAUGCCCUCUGACUUGUGGAUCAACAAACUGCUGAACAGGAGUUCUCAUCAUGGAUAACUUGUAGUACAGUCAAUUUUUGUAUCAAAAUACAAACUAAGACAGGUUGCGUAUUCAUAAAAAGUGUGACACAUGACACAUUGCUCAAAAUGAAAUAAAAAAA